AUGAAGUCCCACAGACUUGGUGGAACCCCAGACAGCAGUCUACAGAGGGGUUACCUGUCGCAGUGUAGCCCCGGGGGACGCCAUGAGGAUUUGUUUGGAGUGAGGGUGCAAGUCCAGGGGAUUAAAGGUCAGCCGUAUGUGAUUUUGAACAGUUCUGGCCAGGAGAGCCACAGGGAUGUGUCUGUCAUCACACACCAGGCGGGAUACAACCCAGGUGUGGCGAUGAGGCCUGUGGCUGACGGAUCACUUGAUAGACCAACUGGGAAGUACAAACAGUCUCCGUCUAAUUCAGCAGGUUCCAACCAGUUUCACUAUCAAACACACCCAGAGAUUCUAAGUCCUUAUGACCCUCAGACUAAUAACCUCACCCAACUCAGUUCUUCAAAACUGGCUUCAGCUGCCUAUUUGGGACAACUACAUUCUGGCCUUUAUCAUGACACCAACCAGGCUCCUAAUGGGACCAAACCCAGGAUCCCUCUGCCCGCUGAGUCUCCAGGAGGAGACCAGGAGGAGGCAGCACCUGCCUCAGCAGGUCAAACCCACGCAAGGUCCCCAAACUCAGUGGACACAGACCCGUUCUUAUCUGUGGGGAAGCUAAUAAGCCAGUUCAAUAGCUCCCAGCAGAGAGGGAGGGGAGGGCCGAGAAAAAGGCUGGAUCCAGAUGAGCGCCGAAGGUCACGCAGUGUGGACAGUGCUCAAAUCUCCGACUCCACUUCCUCCUCGUCUUCCAGCAGAGCUUCAUCUCUGAAAGGCAUCAGGAGCACCACCCCAAGCAGCACACCUGCACCUGGGUCAGCCAGGGCUCGACUCUUCGGCAGAGGAGUUACUUUUGCAAAUGACAGUGAGGAGAACAAGCCCAACGUGCUGCUCAAAGAGACAGUGUUGAAACUACUGCACAGAGGGCAGAAAUCCAUGACUUCCUGCAGCGACCAAGUGCACGAAUCAGAUGACAGAGAUACACAGGUCACUCCUGAUCUUCUGAAAGGGCAGCAAGAACUGUCAGUAGAUCCACCUGAGGAAGCAGCAAAACAAAUGCUGUUCAUGUACCUGAAGGAUGGGACAACUGACGAUGAGCCCACCACCAACAGGAAAGUCAAUGUGCUGUUUAAAAGCAUCAACAGUUUGAAGUGGAAAACUACUGAGAAUGUGGAAGAUGAGGAAAAAGGUUAUGUGGCUCAGGUGAAGCUGCUGGAGGAGAAGCAGGCAGCGCUGGAGAAAGAAGUGUCUGAGUUAAAGAAGCAGCUGGACGUUGAGACGAAGAAUGAAAAGACUCUGGCGAAGGCAUGUGAAAAGGCCAGGACGGAGAAGAAAAAACUUCAGGAAGAGCUGGCCAAAAGUCAAGAAGAGCUUUUCAAGCUUAGAGACACACUGGCUCAAAUGGAAGCAAAACUUCAGUCAACUAAACAAGAGCUGACUCUGAUGAUUGCAGAGAGAGACCGGUCCAAGAUGGAGAUGAAAGAUCUUCAGCAGCAGCUGUCUGAGAUGCACGAUGAGCUGGAUCGAGCCAAGAAGACAGAAGUGAUAAAUACGGAGAAAGAAAUCCUUCUGAAAGAUAUGGUGCAGUUGCGUGCAGACUUUCAGGAGAUGCUACAGGUGAAGGAGGAGCAGGAGGAGGUACUGCGCCACACAGAGCAGGAGCUCACUGCCCUGAAGGGGGCGCUCAAAGAGGAGGUAGAGACCCAUGACAAAUUCGUAGCGACUCUAAAAGAAGAGUAUGAACAGGAGGUGCAAACACUCGUCAAAGAUGCAAAGCAAGCAAAAGAGAGCAACACUCUGCUGAGUCAGGAGAAGGUGGAGGCAGAGGAGCAGAGAGGUACCGUGAAGUUGCAGAUGAAGGAGUUGAGCCAGGAGAGAGAUCAACUGAAAGGAAAGGUGCAGGAGCUGAAGAGCAAAGUGGAUCAUCUUAGCAACAAAAUCCAGGAGUGCAAAGCCACAGAAAAACUGCUGGAACACAAAGCAAAGCAGGUGGAGAGAGAAAAGCAACAGGUUGAGGAGGUGCUAAAGGAUGUAAGGAAGAAUGAGGAGGAGAUGUGUCAGUCUAACCAGUUGCUCCUCACUCGCUUAGAAGAUGUUCAGUGUAAGUUAAGCAAGCUCACCCAUGAGCAUAGGGAGCUGAAAGAGAAGCUGAAGGAGGAGAGGAAGCAGACUGAGGAGCUGUGGAAGACAAAGAACGACCUGGAGGAGGAGAAGAGGCUGCAGGACAGGAUGGUGGAACAGCUGCAGAGGAAGAUGAACAGCAUCAUGGAGGAGUGCGAGUCAUGCACUGACACUCUGCAGAACCAGGUCGAUGAGGCCCGAGAGAAGAGUCAGAGAGAGCUUGCCGAGCUGCGGAGACAGCUGCAGGAAAAGGGAGCAGAGGUGGAGAAAUCCCGACACGCUGCCAAGAAACUGCAGGAAGAGCUCCUCCCCCUCAAGGACGAUCUACUCCGAUGUCAAAAGGAGCAGCAGGAGGCUCAGCUGAGGAGCCGGCAGCUGGAACAAAUGAUGGAGGAGCUGGAGGAAAGGAACACUAUCACGGUGGACGACCGCGAGCGACAGGUCAAACUCAUGGAGGGUCGUAUCCAUCAGCUGACAGAGGAUCUGAGUGAUGAACGCAGUAGCGCCGACCGCCUGAUGGAACGAUUAGACAAACACAAAGAACAGAUGGAUCAGCUGAGAAAUGAGCUGCUGCAGGAGCGAGGCCUCAGGCAGGAUCUGGAGUGUGACAAAAUGAGCCUGGAGAGACAGAAUAAAGACCUGUGGGGCAGAGUGACUCAUUUGGAAGGGUCACAGAGGACAAAUCAGGAUUCCCUUGUCUCCAAACUCAACACCCGCAUCCAGGAACUUGAAGAACGGUUGCAAGGGGAACAGAGAGACAACAACAAUCUGCAACAAGCAAACCGAAAGCUGGAGCGCAAGGUGAAGGAGAUGAAGAUGCAGGCGGACGAGGAGCACGGGAGCCUGCAGAGCCAGAGAGAUCAGCUGACUCAGAAACUAAAGACGGCAAAGAGGCAGAUGGACGAGGCAGAGGAGGAGAUCGAGCAUCUGGAACACGGUAAAAAGAAGCUACAGAGAGACCUGGAUGAGCAGAUCGAAGUCAACGAGCAGCUUCACAGCCAAAUCACUGCACUGAGAAAUGACGCCAGGCGUAAGAAGAAAUCCACCCCCCUCAUGAUGACUGUGGAGGACGAUGUGAACGAUGACCUCGGAUCUGACUGAUCUGCCAUGAAAUCAAACACCAUCCAACAAAUAUUUAUAGACUUUUUAAAUAGACGUUGGACUCACCUUUAUCUUAUGUUAAUAAUUCUUCACAGUUGUUUUUGUAAUGCUGAUGUGUUUAACUUCAGUACAGCAGUUAUGUCAUUUUUACUCAAUAACUCAAGUUAUUUUUACAAAAUAUGAUCAGAAGAUUUGAUUUGGUGUGGAGUAGUUAGAUCCACAUAAAAGGGCCAAUGUAAAUCAUUUAAAGCUACAUUUUUAACACGGGCAGAUAGCACAUCAUUAAUGAACUGAUUUUUACAAAACUGUAAAAAAGUUCUAUACAUAUUCAAUAAAGCCUUUGCAGUGUGAGUCAGAUUUG